AACCUUCAUUCCGUGUCACGAUGGACGCAUACGAACACUGCAGCUAACACAGAUGCACAGUCACGCCGAUCAUAGACCAGUCCAGCAUUGUAUUCCUGUAACUAAGCUCAGUUGUUCCAAAGUGACUCACUGGAGUGCAUUUAGCACGCCUUAUGGCAGCCAGCUAUCUGCCGCCCGGGCCGAGAGGUAUGCAGUCUUUAACCGCCAUUUCAACAGCUCUCUCUGUCUCUCUGUAUGCACUUCUGCAGCAUACUUCUUCAAGCUCGUCACCUUCCUUGAUCAGCUUGCAUUUCCUCCACCAUGUCGGCAUCACCUAGCCGAUCAUGGCGGACUUCACAGACAUUGCUCAUCUUCACCUCAACAUUAGGAUUAUUCACAGAGAACUUCCUCUAUGCGUUUGUGGUGCCCAUCCUCCCCUAUAUGAUUGAACAGCGACUUCGGCUUGAUCCCGCCUACACACAACGCUUUACCGCGGAGCUUCUCGUCAUUCUUGGCCUCAUAUCGAUCCCAGCAGCCCCCAUAAUUGGCCAUUUAGCAGAUCAGACCACAAGUCGAAAAGGCCCGCUUCUGAUUUCGCUUUUGGGCUGCACGAUUGGCACAUUACUCGUUGCCUCCACAAUUUCAAUAUGGCUCGUUUACGCAGGUCGGAUUCUCCAAGGUAUUGCUGGCACUGGAGCUUGGAUUAUCGCUUUUGCUAUGCUCGCGGAAUCCGCGGGCACAAAGCACACGGGUAAGAUACUUGGCUUGGCAAACAGCUUCGUCACGGGCGGAAUCAUAACCGGGCCAGCGGUGUCUGGAGUGCUAUUAGAAUGGCUUGGGUAUUGGGCUGCUUGGUCCGUGCCAUUGGGUCUUCUGUUCAUCGAUCUUGUGGCUCGAUUGGCAAUGGUCGAUGUCAGGCCAGAGGAGAAGGCGAAGCCAGAUGUAUCUGGAACAGCAACUCCGACGCAGGAGUCUGCACAGGGCGAGGAUUCCCCUUUGCUCCAAGCAACCUCAACAGCAGAUGAGCAGGUUGCUGAAAAGCCGGCUCGCAAUUUCUACAGUGUGAUACUGAGGUAUAGCGGGGCAUGGGCAGCUAUGUGCAACGUUGUGGCUUUCGGAGUGAUCAUGUCUGCUUUUGAUGCAACACUUCCGCUGCAUCUUCGAGACAUUUUCGGUUGGGGUCCUGCUUCAACAGGCUCAUUGUUCCUUGGUCUGCAGAUUCCAGCAAUGUUGACAGCACCGCUAAUCGGCUGGCUUCGAGAUCGUAUUGGGCUCCGUUGGCCAACCUCUAUUGGUUGGGUUAUUACUGCUCCGCUAUUGUGGUUCACUGGAGUACCUGACAAGUCCAACUUCCUUGGUGUGGGAGAUGGAGCUACAGGAGAACGAGCUUUUGUAGCGACGAUCGUCGGAAUCGGUCUCACCAUGUCCUUGAUGCGUGGAGCUGGUGCAUUCCAAUUGACAUCGUUGCUGUUUGAGCUCAAAGCUCAGGAUCCCUACAUGUUCGGUCCUGGAGGCGGAAGCAGUCGCAUGUUCUCUCUCACCGAGAUCUCCUUCAACGUUGGUCUCUUGGUCGGACCCAUACUGUGUGCUGCGAUAACAGACGCCUUCGGCUACUACUACACAGCCUGCACAUUAGCUACCUGUCUCACUACUAACAGGCAUCACCUCUUUUCUAUUUUUCUCCCACCGGUCACAGGUGCGUGAGCAGGUCAGUCCAUCAUGAUUGCAAACAAGUCCGUCCAUCUCCUUUCUGCAGCGUUUGCGUAUCGUCUAGGCAUCAGCGAUCACAUGACAGCAUCUCUAACAAAA